AUGGGGGAACAGGAGUGGGAACAGGAGUGGGAACAGGAGUGGGAACAGGAGUGGGAACAGGAGUGGGAACAGGAGUGGGAACAGGAGUGGGAACAGGAGUGGGAACAGGAGUGGGAACAGGAGUGGGAACAGGAGUGGGAACAGGAGUGGGAACAGGAGUGGGAACAGGAGUGGGAACAGGAGUGGGAACAGGAGUGGGAACAGGAGUGGGAACAGGAGUGGGAACAGGAGUGGGAACAGGAGUGGGAACAGGAGUGGGAACAGGAGUGGGAACAGGGAACAACAGGGAAUGGAAGUGGGAACAGUGGGAACAAUAUUGGGAAGAGCAGUGGGAACAAUGGGAACAAUAUUGGGAAGAACAGUGGGAACAAUGGGAACAACAUUGGGAAGAGCAGUGGGAACAAUGGAAACAAUAUUGGGAAGAACACUGGGAACAAUGGAAACAAUAUUGGGGAUAUACUGGGGAUAUACUGGGGAUAG